AUGAUUUUAUCAGAAGCAGCGUCGAUACUAACUGAUCAUGUUGAGAAUCCGUCUAACUCUUCAGAAGCGGACGCAUCGACUGUACAACAUAAGCGUUUUGAAGUCAAAAAAUGGAAUCCUGUAACUCUCUGGGCAUGGGAUAUUCUCGUUGACAAUUGUGCAAUCUGUCGUAAUCACAUCAUGGAUCUUUGUAUUGACUGUCAAGCACAUCUAGCCACAGCGACAACUGAUGAAUGCACAGUGGCUUGGGGAGUAUGCAACCAUGCAUUUCAUUUCCAUUGUAUCUCACGUUGGCUGAAAACACGACAUGUAUGUCCAUUAGAUAAUAGUGAUUGGGAAUUCCAAAAAUAUUAUUUCGAAUUACGAUUGUUAACAGUUCAUUCUGCUCGAAAGAAGACACGCUGA